UCGUACGUUCUUUUCAUCGCCAUCUUUUGAGCGAGCCGCACGUGAAUUUUGCUGGUUGCGAGAUUUAUCCGCUUGGCAAAGUGUGUAUAAAAAGUGAAGCGAACUUAAAAUGACUGAAACGUUGCAGCUGCGCGGCCAGCUUCUUGGCCACUCGGGAUGGGUUACGCAGAUUGCCACCAAUCCGAAAUACCCGGACAUGAUUUUGUCCUCGUCUCGCGACAAAACUCUGAUCGUAUGGAAAUUGACUCGCGAUGAGUUGAGCUACGGCAUCCCGCAAAAGCGUCUGUACGGACACUCGCAUUUCAUUUCGGAUGUUGUGCUGUCGUCGGACGGCAACUAUGCCCUGUCUGGAUCGUGGGACAAAACCCUUCGACUGUGGGAUUUGGCCGCAGGUCAAUCGACCCGCCGUUUCGAAGACCAUACCAAGGACGUUCUUUCGGUUGCAUUCUCGGUAGACAAUCGUCAGAUUGUGUCGGGAUCCCGCGACAAGACGAUUAAGCUGUGGAACACUCUGGCCGAGUGUAAGUACACCAUCCAGGAAGAUGGACACUCCGAUUGGGUGUCGUGCGUUCGCUUCUCGCCGAACCACACCAACCCAAUCAUCGUGUCGGCCGGUUGGGAUCGUGUGGUGAAGGUAUGGAAUCUGGCUAACUGCAAGCUAAAGAUUGACCAUCUCGGACACAAUGGCUACCUGAACUCGGUGUCCGUUUCACCGGACGGCUCACUGUGUACAUCGGGUGGCAAGGAUUGCCGCGCCUUCCUAUGGGAUCUGAACGAUGGCAAGCAUCUGCACACUCUGGAGCACAACGAAGUCAUUAACGCACUGUGCUUCUCGCCCAACCGCUACUGGCUGUGCGUUGCCUACGGACCAUCGAUCAAGAUCUGGGAUCUUGCCUCCAAGACGAUGGUUGAGGAGCUGAAGCCAGCCAAGAACGGAGAUCCGCCACAGUGUCUGUCGCUGGCCUGGUCAACGGACGGACAGACUCUGUACGCCGGUUAUUCCGACAACAUCAUCCGUGUCUGGCAGGUUUCGGUUUCUGCCCGCUAAAGGUGAAGAUAAUUGCCGAU